AUGGGGAGCUUUGAACAAGUUGACGAUGCGACUUUUGGGAAGAAACUGGAAGAGAUUAUUGAAGCUGCUGAGGAUGAGUCGAAGGCAUUACACAUGCUCGCUGAAAUUGUUAUAGAAGAUUUUCAUGUCAAGAAAGCAAAAAAUGCUAGCCUAGAGGGAAACAAGAGCUGUAAUUUUGGUUACCCUUUUGGCGUUCUUAUACCCAAGAGAAAGAGGACACCCCGUGUAGAAGUUGCUGUCGGGAAAAUCGAUGAUACUAUGGAAGCAUGCCCUAGGUUCUUGAAGCACACGGGUACUGCUGAAAUAACAAGUUAUGGAAGUGAACACAGUAAAGAAGAGAAAGCGGAAGAGGAAGAGGAAGGAUAUCGUGAUUUCAAGAAGCAAAGGAAAAGCAACAAGAAGAUGAAAAAGAGUAGUCGAAAACGGUGCUUUGACGGCGAUAAAGGAAAAGAAGCAGGGAAGGGUGGGGCAUCGAAGAAGCCAAAGAGAGAGGGAGUAGAUUUUGCCAAAUUGGGUUUUGACCAAGCACCAGACUUGCCAAGCGAGUUAAGGAGAAAAAUCGAAGAGAUGGAUGGUACCGAAUUAGAGCUGGUGAUAAUGAAACAAUUGUCCCAAACUGAUCUAAGCAAAAAUCACAAUCGGAUUUCAAUGCCCGUUAAACAGAUAAUAAAUGAGUUUCUUACGAUGGAAGAGAAGGAGAAGCUAAAUCAUCGAGACGGCAAGCACUUGAAAGGCAUAGAUGUUAUGGUGGUAGGACCAUCUGAAUCUGAUGAUGUGACCAAGAUGUGUUUGAAGAAGUGGGAUAUGACCAGUAGCAGCUCUUAUGCAUUAGUCUCUGGAUGGUACUCGCUAGUGAAAGCCAAUAAGGAACUGCUCAAGGAAAAUGCCAUAGCCCAAUUUUGGUCGUUCCGGAUCAAAGGUGAACUCUGGUUCCGACUUGUAAUUGCUAGAGAACGCGACCAAGAUAAUGUUGAUAAUAGCAUUGAAGGCAGUGGAGAUGGUGACAGGGCCAGCAAUAAUGGAGAAUUGAUGUCCACUUCUAAUUCGAGUUCUAUUACUUACCAACAACAGGAUUAG